CGGGCCAACCGCCAUUCUCCAAGUCCGUGCCAAAGCAGCACGUGUUCGCAGCCAUGGGGGGAAACCACAGCUCCGCUCCGGAAGAGCCUGCCUGCAUCAGUGGGCUGCCUGCCACCUUGCUGCCAUCGCGAUACAAGCAACGGGUGGCACAGCUGGUGGACGAGGUCCAAAAGUCGCCGAUGCCGGAGCCGCUGGAGCGCACGCUCCGCCGCUGCAUCGCCUUUUGCUACGACGUCACCGAGGCCAAUGAGCAUCAGCUCAAUGUUCCAGUCUACCAUGCCAUGCUAUGCUGCUUCGGCGAGCCGGGCUUCCAGCGUGAAAGGGUUUCUUGCAAAGCAGUGCCUGCGACAGAUGUCGAAGAUGGAUUUGUGAAGCCCAGCGUGUUUUGGACCCGACAGAUCUCCGGACAGCUGCACUUCCGUUCCCUGGCUCACGCCCUGCUGAAAUGGUUUGCGGAUUUGGCGAAGGAAGACCCGAGGAAGCAACUCUUAGUGAACAUCCUGCUGCAGCUGCAUGAAGCCUGCUACAACUGCGUGGGGCGUCACAAGGAAGUCUUUGAAUAUUGCAUUUACGAUUUGCUUGACGCAGAAGAUGGAGAGUGCGCAGAUAGUUCUAAGAGAGUUGUGUGUCGACACGCAGCAGCAUUUUUGGACAAUCACAAGCGCAAUGCAUUGCACGCAGCGUUCUUGUCACCAUUGAAGUAUGUCUUCCAGAAUGUCUAUGAAGUGUUCGAGAACUUGGACAGUCAUGGAGCUUCCUUUUGGGUGGCUGUGCUGCAUGUCUUUUUUCCUGAUCUGGACAUGCCAUUUGAAAACAUUGAAGCCCUGGACAUUGGUUGGGCGUGGGGAGCAGUGGAUUUUCUUCCGAUGAUGGAAGGCUCUGGCUCCGUGGCCUUGGCGCGCUUCUCGGAUCCCAAGCAUUUGGGCCAAGACUGGCGAACGUUGACCCGAGAUCUGCGGCCACCGCGAUGGGCAGGCGUGCCACGGUUCCGGGGCUUGCCAUUGAGACACGGGCCGGCUGGCUUCAAAGAUGCUUUGCGCCGUAUUCGCCAGCAGCCUGCCCUGCAGCGUGCUUUCGCAUGCUACAUUGACAGGUUUACCAGCUUCUUCACCCCUGCUGUGCUCCUGCAGCGCUGGGCCUACUACACCGUCACCUCCGAGCGUUGGGACAUGGAGCUGGGCCCAGCGCUGGUGGCGUUGCGGGGAGAGAGGAGCUGUGGCGUUGAAACGGGAGCAGAUCAGCUGCGAGAAGAGCUGUGCAGCACGGAGGGGCAGGUAAAUUUAAGUGUCGCCUCCGCUCUUUUGGAAGCAGCUGGAGUCUCCUGGGCCAAGUUGGUGUAGCGAGCUGCGAGAA